CUCUUUCUGUCGUGGCGCUUGGAGGUGAGUGGUUGUUCUUAGUUCGCGCACCGGAUCGCUAUCCGACAAAUCUCGUACCGGGGACGUAGCAUCGGACAACAGUGUAACAUCGUGUACAGAAGAAACUAUUGCCUAAAACCAAAAUGGGUAAAGAGAAGACUCACAUCAACAUUGUCGUCAUUGGACACGUCGAUUCUGGCAAAUCCACUACGACUGGACAUUUGAUCUACAAAUGCGGUGGUAUUGACAAACGUACCAUUGAGAAGUUCGAGAAGGAAGCCCAGGAGAUGGGCAAAGGUUCCUUUAAAUACGCUUGGGUGUUGGACAAAUUGAAAGCUGAACGUGAGCGUGGUAUCACGAUCGAUAUUGCCUUGUGGAAGUUUGAAACAUCCAAAUAUUAUGUCACCAUCAUCGAUGCUCCUGGACACAGAGAUUUUAUUAAGAACAUGAUCACUGGUACUUCGCAAGCUGAUUGCGCUGUAUUGAUUGUCGCUGCUGGUACUGGCGAAUUCGAGGCAGGUAUCUCGAAGAAUGGACAAACUCGUGAGCAUGCUUUGCUCGCCUUCACCCUUGGCGUUAAGCAGUUGAUUGUCGGAGUUAACAAGAUGGAUUCCACUGAGCCUCCGUACUCCGAGACCCGAUUCGAAGAAAUCAAGAAAGAAGUAUCGUCGUACAUCAAAAAGAUUGGCUACAACCCGGCUGCAGUCGCAUUUGUUCCCAUUUCUGGCUGGCAUGGAGACAACAUGCUGGAGCCAUCUUCCAAGAUGCCCUGGUUCAAAGGAUGGUCUGUGGAGCGCAAAGAAGGCAAAGCUGACGGCAAAUGUCUUAUCGAAGCCCUCGAUGCCAUCCUGCCACCCACCAGGCCGACUGAUAAGGCCCUUCGUCUUCCCCUUCAGGAUGUGUACAAGAUUGGUGGUAUUGGAACAGUACCUGUCGGUCGUGUCGAAACUGGUGUGUUGAAACCCGGUAUGGUUGUUACUUUUGCACCUGCUGGAUUGACCACUGAAGUCAAAUCGGUCGAAAUGCACCACGAAGCCCUUACAGAGGCUGUGCCCGGUGACAACGUUGGUUUCAACGUUAAGAACGUGUCUGUUAAAGAAUUGCGUCGUGGAUAUGUUGCCGGAGACUCCAAGAACAAUCCGCCUAAGGGUGCCGCUGACUUUACUGCACAGGUCAUCGUGCUCAAUCACCCUGGUCAAAUCAGUAACGGAUAUACGCCUGUGUUGGAUUGUCACACCGCCCACAUUGCUUGCAAGUUCGCCGAAAUUAAGGAGAAGUGCGACCGUCGUACUGGCAAAACCACCGAAGAGAAUCCGAAAGCCAUCAAGUCCGGUGAUGCCGCCAUUGUUACCCUGGUUCCCAGCAAGCCCAUGUGCGUCGAGGCUUUCCAAGAAUUCCCGCCUCUGGGACGUUUCGCGGUCCGUGACAUGCGUCAGACAGUAGCUGUCGGCGUUAUCAAGGCCGUCACCUUUAAGGAUCAAGCUGGCAAAGUCACCAAGGCCGCUGAGAAAGCCCAGAAGAAGAAAUAACUACUGUAAUAGUUUCCGUGCAUAUACCGAUAGUUUCCGUGCGAAUAUGCCACUGGGUGGAUGCCGGCGUACAUCAGCCGACAUAGCCCGUCCUCUCUCCUCGUGCGAUUCGCGCGAGAUGAAUGUUGUAACAUCACCGUCAUCGCUAGCUGAAUCUGUGCAACUACCAGCUACCAAGAAUGAGAAAACUACAAUCCAAUCACGAAGAUUGACUCUUCGCGUGUGCGAAGUCGCGCGGCCGCCGCGCUUCCUCGGCACGCGGACAUUUCGUUUGUCGAAACGGUUACUACGUCACUUUUUCCACCGCAAGGAAUUCCGCAGGAAAGGAAACGACAUGAUCGACGAGGUAUAUACCGGGAAGAUGAUGAGCCUGUUUUCAUCUCGCUGAAAUCGCAUUCAAGGAGGGAGAGCGGACAUCGCGCGAGCUAUUUAACAACUUCAUAACGAACAUCAACAUCAUAAUUUAGCGCGGCUUAAUUAUAUUUUCUAAUUAUACGGAAAUAAAAUUCUGUAUAUCCGAUACUCGAGAAGAACAUGUCAUUAUUACUUUACAUCGACAUUGUUACUCGAUUAAUAUCGAGUCACGUUUGUCAUCCUUUUUGAAGAAAACUCCUCAUUUAUCGCUCUAACAUCUAUGGUAGCUAUACGAUCCGAUCGGAAAUUCAAAUACAUCGCGGCGAUGCUCCGUAUAUUCUUUUGUCUUCUUGGUAGCUUUUUAUAUAUUAAUCACGUUCAAAGAGACUGUAUUAAUUCAAGAAACUAGAGAAGAGACAACGGCGAUAGGCCUUGGCAAAAGUAGAUUUCGUUGUUGGGAUAUGGGACCUGUUGUUUCUUCUAAUAAUUAUCUUUCUAUUAUAUAUGCAAUUAUAUAGAUAAGAUGAAUCCAAGCUCUUUGAAAAUACUUUUUCUACGAGAUAUUUCUUUUAUCGACUAACGUCAAAACAAGUGCGUGCACAAAAAAAAA